AUGAUAGAAGAGCUUGACCUCCAUGGCACGCAGUUUUCCUGGCUAGGAUCAAUCUUCUACGUUGGACAACUUGUCGCCGAGUUCCCCGCCAUUUAUCUGAUGAGCCGCCUCCCGCUUGCUAGAUUUGUCGCUUGCACCGUAGUCGUUUGGGGACGUGUGUGCAUGUGUCUUGCAGCAGCAACAACAUUUUCCUCGUUAAUGGGGGUUCGGUUCGUCCUGGGGAUCACCGAGGGUGCGGUUUCUCCAGCUUUUGUGACAUUGACAAGUAUUUGGUACAAGAAGCAGGAGCACCCUUUGCGUAUAGGUCUAUGGAUCAGCUGCAAUGGGCUUGCUCAGGUCAUUGGUGCCUUGAUGAUGUACGGUAUUGGUCACCAAACAAUGGCCGUCGCUCAUUGGAGGGCGAUGUUCCUAAUCUAUGGUGGCCUUACAGCACUUGUCGGCCUCCUAUUCUUCUUCCUGAUGCCUGCGGGCCCAGAGUCAGCGUGGUUCCUUAUGAAAGAUAAGCGGAGAAUAGCAGUCCAGAGACUCCAAACCAAGACGGAAGGCGGCGAUCAAACAAACUUCUCCAUGCCACAGCUCAAAGAAACGGUCCGCGACAUCAGGGCUUAUAUUAGUUUUCUUUUUGGCCUUUUGAUCACACUGCCUGCUCCUGUCAUUGCAUUCGCUACUCUUAUCAUCAAGUUCCUCGGUUACUCAGCAUUCGACACUAUGCUAUAUACCUCUCCUUCAGGAGCAAUCCAGAUCGGGUUCGUCUGGCUCGGUAUAGGUCUCUGUUAUCUAUGGCCGAACCGUCGAUGCGCCAUCGUCAUCGGUCUCACCAUAGUUCCCCUGACCGGGAUAAUCCUUCUGUUUACCCUCCCCUUAUUAGCAGGGUGGGGCAUGAUAGCUGCUUCCUGGAUAGCGUCUGUUAUCUCAAAUAUCUUCUCCCUAACGCUCAGUCUAAACGCUUCCAACACCCGUGGUAAUACCAAAAAGGCCAUCGUUAACGCCCUGUUCUUCGUCGGGUAUUCUGUCGCCGCCAUCUGUGGGCCCUUGCUCUGGGACACCAAGAACGCCCCUCGCUACCAGAGCGGUCUUAUCCUGGCGCUCGUGAGCUGGCUGGUCUUUAUCCCUACUGUCGCGGUUUAUUGGGCUUCCUACGUCUAUGAGAAUCGGCGGAGGCAGAACCAAGUGACGAUCGAGUCGGUGGAUAUCAGCGAGCAUCUGGCGGAGGUGGUGGGGAGGGAUGUGACCGAUAAGCAGGAUAAGACGUUCCGUUAUACGUUUUAG